AUACGAGCGAUCGAGAUUCAAGUUCGACUUUGACAAGAUGUCUGAGCUUGGAGAGCACUGAUAAAAAUUUUAAAAUCGAUCAAAGAUUAAACAUUGUUUAUUAAUUUCUUAUUGUUAUUCUCUGAGCUGCAAUUUAACACUCACUUGAAGUUUAUAACAUUGAAUUUAGUGUAUUUUCUAAAUCAAAGUUGGAGAAGUUUUUUUCCUCAAUGAAACCUGUUCUGACAUGUCUUACACUGAAUUGGAACAUGGUUAUCAGGGUCUACGGAGUGCCAGUCGCCCAAUUUUCUAUGUAGGAGAUAUAAAUACUGUACAACCAACCCUUGUGGGUCCUGCUACUUCUUCUAUAUAUCGUUCAUCAAAAAGAGCCGAACUGUCGGACGGGUGCAGUAAUGAUGAUGGAUGCAUGGGUGGAAGUGAUCUGGAAGGAGAAGGGAAGCAAGUUUUGGUUGGAGUCUGUGCGAUGGCAAAAAAGUCUCAAAGUAAACCCAUGAAGGAGAUUUUAACUAGAUUAGAAGAAUUCGAAUACAUUAAAAUAGUAGUAUUCCCUGAGGAAGUAAUUUUAAAGGAAUCAGUAGAAGAUUGGCCGGUCGUUGAUUGUUUAAUAAGCUUUCAUAGCAAGGGAUUUCCUCUUGAUAAAGCCAUAAGUUAUGCUAAUCUUAGAAAUCCUUUUAUUAUUAAUAAUCUACCGAUGCAGUAUGAUAUUCAGGACCGUAGAAGAGUCUAUGCUAUCCUAGAAAGUGAAGGAAUUGAAAUUCCAAGAUAUGCUGUUCUGGAUAGAGAUUCUUCUGAUCCUAAACAUCAUGAAUUGGUGGAAUCAGAAGAUCAUGUUGAAGUUAAUGGUGUCACAUUUAACAAACCAUUUGUGGAAAAACCGGUAUCUGCAGAGGAUCAUAACAUUUAUAUUUAUUAUCCUACCUCUGCAGGUGGAGGUAGUCAAAGAUUAUUCAGAAAGAUUGGAAGUCGGAGCAGUGUAUAUUCACCAGAAUCUCGAGUCCGUAAAACUGGUUCCUAUAUUUACGAGGAUUUUAUGCCAACCGAUGGUACAGAUGUCAAGGUCUACACCGUUGGUCCGGAUUACGCUCAUGCCGAGGCUCGAAAGAGCCCAGCUUUGGAUGGUAAAGUUGAAAGGGAUUCAGAGGGAAAAGAAAUUCGUUACCCGGUUAUAUUAAGUAAUGCUGAGAAAUUGAUCAGUAGAAAAGUGUGUCUAGCUUUUAAACAAACGGUUUGCGGUUUUGAUUUACUUAGGGCAAAUGGUCAGUCGUUUGUAUGUGACGUUAAUGGAUUUAGUUUUGUAAAGAAUUCGAAUAAAUAUUACGACGAUUGUGCAAAAAUUUUGGGAAAUAUGAUUUUGAGAGAAUUGGCGCCAACUUUGCACAUACCAUGGAGUGUCCCCUUUCAAUUAGACGACCCACCUAUUGUACCUACCACAUUUGGGAAAAUGAUGGAACUACGUUGCGUUGUUGCUGUUAUAAGGCACGGUGAUAGAACACCGAAACAGAAAAUGAAAGUAGAAGUUCGUCAUCCAAAAUUCUUUGAAAUAUUUGCAAAAUACGAUGGCUACAAACACGGUCAUAUUAAAUUGAAACGACCUAAACAAUUACAAGAAAUACUGGAUACUGCACGUAGUUUGUUAGCAGAGAUACAACACCGGGCUGCAGGGCCAGAAUUAGAAGAGAAACAGGGAAAAUUGGAACAGUUAAAAAGUGUGUUAGAAAUGUACGGUCACUUUUCGGGUAUUAAUCGUAAAGUACAGAUGAAAUAUCAACCAAGGGGACGACCUAGAGGAAGUUCGUCGGAUGAUGAUCGACUCGGAGAACCGUCGCUCGUUUUAAUUUUGAAAUGGGGCGGAGAAUUAACACCAGCUGGCCGUAUUCAAGCCGAAGAAUUAGGAAGAAUAUUUCGCUGCAUGUACCCUGGAGGUCAAGGUAGACACCUUAGUGAGGAAGACUCAGAGAUGUUACCAAACCACGGUGAUUAUGCCGGUGCUCAAGGUUUGGGAUUACUUCGACUUCACUCAACGUUUCGUCAUGAUCUGAAGAUUUAUGCGAGCGACGAAGGAAGGGUUCAAAUGACCGCCGCAGCAUUUGCAAAAGGAUUACUUGCACUAGAGGGUGAAUUGACCCCUAUUCUAGUGCAGAUGGUGAAGAGCGCUAACACUAAUGGUUUACUAGACAAUGACUGUGAUAGUAGCAAAUAUCAGAACAUGGUAAAAACGCGGCUACACGAGUUAUUACAACAGGACAGAGAGUUUACACGUGAAGAUAGGGAACAAAUAAACCCUGGAAACGCGCUAAGCAUUAACGCAGCGAUGGAUUUCGUUAAGAACCCUGUACGAUGUUGUCAACAUGUACACACGUUAAUUCAAAAAUUAAUGGAUAUUGUUCGCAUUAAAAAAGAUGAUCCGAAAACUAAAGAUGCAAUUCUUUAUCACGGUGAAACGUGGGAAUUGAUGGGUCGUCGAUGGGGGAAGAUCGAAAAGGAUUUCUGCACUAAAAACAAGAGAUUCGAUAUAUCAAAGAUCCCGGACAUUUAUGAUUGCAUAAAAUAUGAUUUGCAACAUAACAAUCACACCCUGCAAUUUGAACAUGCAGAAGAACUCUACAUUUAUUCUAAAUACCUGGCAGAUAUUGUUAUACCACAGGAAUACGGAUUAACGGUGCAAGAAAAAUUAACCAUAGGACAAGGUAUUUGCACUCCUCUUUUAAAGAAGAUAAGAGCAGAUUUGCAAAGAAAUAUUGAAGAAUCUGGCGAAGAAACAGUUAACAGACUUAAUCCAAGAUAUUCCCAUGGUGUCUCGAGUCCUGGUCGUCAUGUCCGCACGAGGCUUUAUUUCACAAGCGAAAGUCACGUGCAUUCUUUGUUAACCGUUUUACGUUACGGUGGUUUACUCGACGUGAUAAAAGACGAGCAGUGGCGUCGAGCCAUGGAGUACGUUAGCAUGGUUUCUGAAUUAAACUACAUGUCACAAAUUGUAGUUAUGUUGUACGAAGAUCCAACUAAGGAUCCCAGCAGCGAAGAACGUUUCCACGUGGAAUUGCAUUUCAGUCCUGGUGUAAAUUGUUGUGUACAAAAGAAUUUACCACCAGGACCAGGUUUCAGGCCUCAUUCGCGUAACGAAAGCAGUCAUAAUGUUGGUGAGAGUGGAGGAUCUGCUCAAGAUACUAUUUCACAAUGUAGUACUCGAAUAGAAGAAGAAGACGUAGAACUGGGAAUUUUGGAAGAUGAUUUCAUUAGCCUACCAUUACAAUCUGAUACAACUCCACCAUUAAUGGAAACUGAUGUUGCGGAUUCAACCAUGGACAGUCCAACGACCAGCAGAGCUGUUGAUAUGAUGGAUCUAGAUCCUAAUAUGAUGGAUGAGCCAUUUGAUAGUGGCUUCUUGCAGAGUUCUGCACCAAUUCCAAUAAGUGCCAGAACUGUGGCUGGCCAUGAAGCAGCAAGACUUGGUAGCCAGUUGGCAGCCAGUCAACGUCAACGACGGGAUGCAGAAAGAAGUACAAUGGUUGAACCACGUGCCCGUAGUUACGAUCACCAAAGACAAGACAAAUCAGAGAAGGCUGCGGACAAGCUGCAGUAUCAGAGCUUGGACGCGGUCAACAAAGAAGAGAAGCAUGUAACCGAGUGCCAGUCGAAGAUACCUAAUCAGGCUUUGCUGCACGUGCCUACGGGAAAGUCGUUGGCUUUGCCGCACUCCUUCAGUUCACCCGAGCUGCCCGUUCCUUCGAUCGAAACCUCCACUUCGAUCUCGACACCGUUGGUGACAUUACAUAAUACUCCGCUAGCUUCGCCCACCAACAGGACAUCGUCGGAUGUUACCGAUAUCGUAAUUCCGGUCCCCGUUAUACGUCCCUCGAUAUAUUUCAAUACAUACUUUGAAGAUACCGCGGACGAUUCACAUCUACGUUUACAGAGUAAGAAAUACGGACGUUCCCAUUCAGAGAUGAUACUUCCUGGCGUCGAGUCUUGCGGUGAGUUGAGCGAACCUGUGAGAUUCUUAAGAAAUAAUCUACGGUUUAAGUCUUCUUCCUUGAUGUUAUCCUUGCACGAAAGAACCCAAGAGACAGGCUUGUCUAGGAGACAAUUGGAAACAGAGAAAAGAUCCCGUUCAUUAUCUCCUUACUUAACCAGAUGCCUUUGUUAUAACUGUAACGUUUCUGAGCUGAUAUUGAGAAGCAAAGAUCUACCACCUGUGGAACGUUCCAACUUUGACACAUACUUUGUUCGCUCUCUUUCUCAUAAGUUCUUCAAUUGUUCCUGUUACUAUAGUCUUCAAGAGAACGAGGAGUCCAGCGAUUCCUCUUACAGUGUACUAUCUUUGAACGAUAGCAAUGGAAACUUCAAGGAGAUCCCUGAUUUAGAUCUUGAUUCUUCUUCUUCUUCUGCGUUCUGCCACAAACAGAGAUCUUCUGUCCAACUUGACAAACAAGGUUUCAGUCCUUCUCAUUCGAGGCCAGCGUUUGAUCAGUGUUCCAUAUGCAAGAAUCAGUCAAGUUGUGCUUGCAACGAGUCUGCGGUGUCCAAAGGAAAAGAGAAGUGGAGGUUCGACGGGAAUAUUAUGAGACCUACGAUAAGUAGUGGCAGCGUUGUUGAGAAGGUAUACAGGCGAAACGGAACAUCGUCUUGUCCUAAUUUGAGUAAAACAUCUGACAUCUUGUCUGCUGUUAAUUCAAGGACACAGAGACGUUCGAGGUUGUCUUGUCCCAAUCUGAAUUUACAGUUGUACGAUAGCCUGAUAGACGCGUCAGAUCAUCCUAGUACGUUUUAUCAUACGUCCUCUGUGCACGAUAACGAUGUUCACAACGAUCACGAUAUUCCUCGUAAAUAUAACCAUCGUUCCAAGUGUCCACGUGCACCGUUCUCCCGACUCCAGCCUCAACGAUCCUUCUCAUCUCCAGACACACGACCUUCGAUCAUUCAACCUGACCCUACCUGCACAGCAAGGCGCCACCGUCACAGUAUCUCCGGACAGAUGAGUUAUUUCAAGCUGUUGGGCUACAACGUGAACAAGAAGCUGACAGGAUCAGCGAACAGCCUGUUCAGCACUGCGGUGAUCAGUGGAUCUUCGAGUGCUCCAAAUUUGAAGGAUAUGGUGCCACCUCACGCCUCGGCUGUGGCCGCGAUUGAAGGUUUUGGCGGUGUACCACCGAUAAGGCCACUGGAAACGCUUCACAAUGCAUUGUCGUUGCGCCAGUUGGAUUCAUUCUUGGAGAUGAUGACCAGCGCACCUCUGUUUCGUACGCCUGCUUCUUCGCCUCCAAAGUAUCCUUCUCCCGGCGGAUCGACCCACGGUUCUGUUAACCAGAAUCUCAGUAUCGGAGGAAUCAGUCGCGAGUACCACUCUUCCGACUUGGAAGCUGUCAGGUACCGUAAGAAAUUAAAUAAACUGCCCUUGUAUAUUACACCAACACCUAUACAAUAUAAACAAUCGAGUGACGGAGAAACUUGUGACAUAAGGAAUCAGGUAUCGCCAACUAGUCCCAAUAGUACUGGAUGGAGUAGCGAACCACAAUCAUUUCUAUCCUCUGAACCUUCGUCUCCUGCACCAACUUCAACAGGAGAAUGUAGCAUGUCCAUAAGCUUAAUUAGCAACGAGGGAGUUCAAUACAAUACUGGACCGAAAUAUCCUACAACUCCCUGUCUGGAUGUUGAUUUCAAUGAAUUUUGUAUAAACAUUGAUCAAGAUCAUAGAGAGGGCCGUGGUAGCGUUUCGUAUACAGACUAUUAUAGCAACGAAGAUGGGCAGAUUCGAAAAUGUGGCUUCGGCACAGGCUUCAAUAGCAAUCUACAAAAGAUCAUGCAUACCGAUGAUCUGCCUAUCGACAAUAUCGAUGAUGAUGAAGAUCAUACAAUAACGUUGAAACAAACUGAAGAGCAAAAGAAACAAGAUGUUAAGCAGAUCUUUGAACAGAAAGAGAAUCCUAUUACAAAAUCUAGCGGUGGUUACAAGAAAAUUGGAAGAUUUCUUGUUGAAAGUAUGGACAUAGCAGAUGAAGAUGUCAGGAUCAAAGAAAUAGACAAUACAGAUAAAGCAAAAUCAUCUACCUCUCUAAAAAUUGAAUCUAUGAAUGUAGAAAAGGUACACAAGAGUCGAGAUAAUAAUAUAGAGACAGAGACGGAGCAAAAAAAAUCUAGCAGUUAUAAAAGGAAGAAUUUCUCUCGGUCGCAAAGUGUUUCCAUGCCAAAAAUGACCGCUUCAAAACCUGAAACGAAUUACAGUUACAAAUGCGGAACAAAACUGAGCUCGCUAUCGAAUAUGUCUGAUCAAGAUUUGGAGAAUUGGAAGCAUAACAUGAUGGAAUUGAAAACCUCCUCGUUAGAAACAAAAUCGGAAGAGCCGAUUCUAACUGUUGCAAGUAACAUAACAGAUAGCACUAGCGUGACAGUAGGUUUCAAUGUACAGGAAGAACAAAAAGAUAAACUCAAUCCUUGAGAUUAUUACCCUUUCUGCUUUAGUUUUCUUCGUCUGUGGAUUUUAUUUUAUUAGAUUAAUCAUAGAAUAGAUAUAACGUUGUUAAAAUGCUGAACGAUGUUAAAGGAAUUCAAAUUUACAUAUAACUGAUAUUUUCAUGAGUAUUUUAAAUACUUAUAAAAUACGUUGAAAGCAUAAAUAUUCAAAUAACAUCCCUUUACUUAGUUUGAAUUUUAUUUAAUAUUAACCGAUUAAAUAAUAUGAUCAAUCACUGUUUCAGAAAAUAGGUAAAAAAAUGUUAAGAGGAAUUUUUAAAUUAAGACAAUGAGCUAAUGGCAUACGUCAUUUUAGUUGAUCAAUAUUGUACUUAUCAUAUUAUCUGUGUGUUAAAUUUUUUUUAAUUUGACGCUUGUAUGUAUCAGUACGAUAAUAUUUUUGUAGAUAAUGUACAUGCAGUGUUGAUACUGUGUUAGAAUGUAAUAUACAUGAAUUGGAGUCAAGAGAAAACAUUUUUCUCAUUUUUUUUCUUAGAAAAGUAAAAGAUUUGAAUUAAUGUUUUGUUUCUCAUGACUCAACAAAUUUGAAACAUACCUCAUUUGUACAAUCAAAAUAAGAAGGAAAGCUCUAAAGUUCCUUUAAAUAAAUAUAGUUACUUUUCCUUGUUGAAGGAGUACAAGUUUUCAAGCAUCAGUAUUAUACUUUAAUAUAUUUAUUUUGUCUAUAGAACAAUUAUGCAACUACUACUGAAAUUUGAACAGAUUAAUUACAGAAUGAUUACUCGAUUAAUUGUUCAUUUACCAAUGUAAAUAUCGUGCAAAUUGAUCUGAUAAAAUAGAAUAUAUGUACUAUUUUUCUUAUAAAUAUUUUUAGGGUGCUUCUUCUUAAAAAAAUAUAAUAAUUGAGAGUUUCGUAGAUAUAACUGUGAUUUUAUAUAAAUCUCAGCUACCCAAGGUGCUAUGCAAACAAGAUCGUUACGUUCUUAACUAAUUUUAUAAUUAUACGGCUACUAAUAGAACCUUGUAUGCAUUUAUUUAAUUUCAUCAUCCUAAAUAUUUCUUUUAUUCACAAAUUCUCCAAAUAUUAUAUAUAUUUUUAUACUGGAUAAUAUUCUUAUCCAAUGUGUUUAUUUUAAAAUAUCUACUUAUAACUAUCUACUUAUAUUUGUUUAACAGUGAGGAUCAAAAUAAAUUUACUAUAGUUUAAAUAUUUUUCAAGUUAAAAGAAAUAUUUUUCUUGAUAAAAUUAAAUAAAAUAUCCUGUUAGUAAUCUUUUCAAUUAACCAGAAUCAUGUUAAAAAAUUUAUUUUUUACUAUCAAAGAGUUUUUAAUUGGUGAACAUUCCUGUAUAGAUGUCACUGUAAGUUUUAAUGCACAAAUACAAUUGCAUCAUGUUCUGCAAAAUAUAGUUUUACAUUAAUUACUGUAAAGUACUUUUUAAGAAUGUACUGGUUUGUAUUUAGAGAGAGCAUUUAUUAUUGUACAAUCAAGAGAAAUUAGUGAUAAACACGUAUUGUGAACAAAUUGUAAUGUAGUGAUUGUGAUUUAUGAAUUAUCAUUAAUAUCAGUGUAAUAUUGUAAUUAAUAGUACUCACUACAAGUUUGAAAAUUAUAAAUAAAUGUUUAGAGCACA